AUGGAGGGUUGCAAAUUGGCCAUGGUUUUCACCAUCUACACGAUUGUUCUUGUGAGCUUCGCUUCUUUCGGGGCCACGGUUGCUGCUGAAGAUGCUGCUGCGCCAUCACCAAUGGAAAGCACAGCAGCAGCUCUGGGUGUUCCUGCUGCACUAGGUGCCAUGGCUUCUCUGCUGGCUUGGUUCUUUUAA